AUGGCUACCGAGAGCUUACGGUCAUCUCGGAGUCGAUCGUCUGCGCAGAAGAGGGAGCUUCUUUGUGGACACGAUAAGAGACUCGUGCUAAGAAUUUCUGGAACGAAGAACAACCCUGUGCGACGAUUUUGGGGCUAUGUCUACUAUGAGAUUAAAGAAGAGUGUGAGUUCUUCCGAUGGACAGACCCAGAAGCAGAGGCUGAAGAUCCGCUGGUUGCAAGGAUGAAGAAGAAAGUUGCGGCCCUGAAAGCAAAAGUGAGGGACAUUGAGUGGAAGUUUAAGGUUGCUGCAGCGUUGGGCACGGUUGGAUGGGUUGGUUUAUUUCUCUUCUGGUUGCAGAUUUGGUUGAAUCAGAGGCAGGGGCUAUCUUGUGUAUGA